AUGAGUUGGAUUUUACAGUUCUUGGCUGAUACAAGUAGCAAGCAUUAUGUGAGUGGAGUCGAAGUUGAGUAUCUUCUCAAAGCUCAAGAGUCUCGACUGCGGACUCUAAUAGAUGAUGUUCAUAAGCGUAAUGAUGAACGAGUUCUUAAUCAUUCUCAAACUCUUAAUGGUGAAAUCUUUAAGCUUCGUGAUGUUUUGAAAGAACGUCAUGAGAUUCUUGCAAAACAACUUGAGGAAACAAAAGUCUUUUUACAGACUCAGAUAAAAUACAUCAGAACCCUGUUGGAAUCUGAAGUUAAGAAGUUUGAUGAGAGUUCUACUAUGAUCUAUAAGAAGCUAGAUGUGGUUGCCGAAUCAACUACCAGAUUGAUUGAAGAUAUCACUUCUUUCAACAAGGAUUACAUGACUGGUCUUCAAGACAAGAAGAAAGGGGAUGCUAAAGUCUUUGCUAAAGUUGAAGAGUUUUUAACCAAAAUCAAAGCCAUGCUCUUGACACAGUCAACUAUUUCUCUAGAAUCCAUUUCUCAAAUGGUUUCUCAUAUCCAGUCAAACAUUAAGGCUGAACUGGAUCGUAUUAGGGAUUUAGUUCUUCGACUUCCAACAAAUGCUCCUCGUGUUGUGCAAGUUUCGCAAGGGGAGAAAAAGGGGGAGUUGGUUCAUCGAAAGCUUCAUGUGAAAACUCUGGAGUGGUUGUGA